GGGGGUUGGCGGGAGCUCCGCCGAGCGCGCGCUGGACGACAUGGCGGGACGUCGUGGGGCGCUGAUUGUGCUGGAGGGUGUGGACCGCGCGGGCAAGAGCACGCAGGGCCGCCAGCUGGUGGCUGCGCUGUGCGCCGCGGGCCACCGCGCUGAGCUGCUGCGCUUCCCCGAAAGAUCAACUGAAAUUGGCAAACUUCUGAGUUCCUACUUGGAAAAGAAAAGUGAACUGGAGGACCACUCGGUGCACCUGCUCUUCUCUGCAAAUCGCUGGGAGCACGUGCCAUCCAUGAAGGAGAAGCUGAGCCAGGGUGUCACCCUCGUUGUGGACAGAUACGCGUUUUCUGGUGUUGCCUUCACAAGUGCUAAGAAGAACUUCUCCCUGGAUUGGUGCAAACAGCCAGACGUCGGCCUUCCCCAGCCWGAUCUGAUCCUGUUCCUUCAGCUGGGGCUGGCGGAUGCUGCCACGCGGGGAGAGUUUGGUCGUGAGCGCUACGAGGACAGAGCUUUCCAGGAACGGGCACUGCAGAGCUUCCAGCAGCUCAUGGGAGACUCGACUCUGAACUGGAAGGUGGUCGACGCUUCCAGGAGCAUCGAGGCUGUGCACGAGGAGAUCCGAGCGCUCUCUGAGGACGCCAUCCGCAGUGCUGCACAGAGGCCACUGGGGGUGCUGUGGAAGUGACCCGGCCCGCCCUGGGGUCCUGGGGUUCCUGCUCYUGGUGCGCCUCAGCUCAUGGGGAAUUUAGGGCUUGGCUAUGCCGGGGACCCCAUCACCACGGACCUUGGAGGUGUGGGUACCAAGUGGGGUGGCAGAAUGUCCUCCUCUGCCCACUCCCAUGUCCUGAGUGUGGGUAUGUUGCGUGUGUGGCACAGGGCUUGGAGCUCAGGGGAGCUCUCCCAACAGAGCUACACCCCAGCCUUUCUUGAGCUAAGUUGUCUAGACUAACUUCCAACUUGUUACAUCCCCAGUCCUUUUUUAUUUUGAGAAGGUCUAAGUUGCUUAGGACCUUGCUUAGUUGCUGAGGCUGGC